UCCCCUCGCCGCCGUCCCGCCCUCGCCCGCAAACCCAAACACUCUGGGUGCUAGUGCGCGUGAUCUGCCUGUGGUCGUUUGGCCGAGAGAUGCUGCUGCUGGCGGCCGCCGGCCUCGUGGCCUUCGUGCUGCUCCUCUACAUGGUGUCGCCGCUCAUCAGCCCCAAGCCCCUCGCGCUGCCCGGUGCGCACGUAGUGGUCACAGGAGGUUCCAGUGGCAUCGGAAAGUGCAUUGCUAUCGAGUGCUUCAAACAAGGAGCGUUUAUAACUCUGGUUGCACGAAAUGAGGACAAGCUGCUGCAGGCGAAGAAAGAAAUUGAAAAGCACUCUAUUAAUGAUAAACAGGUGGUUCUUUGUAUCUCAGUCGAUGUGUCUCAAGACUAUAACCAAGUGGAGAAUGUCAUAAAACAGGCACAAGAGAAGCUGGGUCCUGUGGACAUGUUGGUUAACUGUGCAGGAACAUCUCUGUCAGGAAAGUUUGAAGAGCUUGAAGUUAGUAGUUUUGAGAAAUUGAUGAGCAUCAACUACCUGGGCAGCGUGUACCCCAGCAGAGCAGUGAUCACCACCAUGAAGGAGCGGCGGGUGGGCAGAAUCGUGUUCGUGUCCUCUCAGGCAGGACAGCUGGGGCUGUUCGGUUUCACAGCCUAUUCUUCGUCCAAGUUUGCCAUAAGAGGAUUGGCAGAAGCUCUGCAAAUGGAGGUGAAGCCUUACAAUGUGUAUGUCACUGUGGCCUACCCACCAGACACUGACACCCCGGGGCUGGCGGAAGAAAACAAAACAAAGCCCCUGGAGACCCGGCUCAUUUCAGAGACCACAGCUGUUUGCAAACCAGAGCAGGUGGCCAAACAAAUUGUCAAAGAUGCCGUGCAGGGAAAUUUUAAUAGUUCCAUUGGCUCCGAUGGGUAUAUGCUCUCUUCCCUGACCUGUGGAAUGGCCCCAGUGACUUCCAUCACUGAAGGACUCCAGCAGUUUCAUACACUUGGGGAACUUUCACGUUGAUCCUCAAGAGACCUUCCUGGGCAAUGCUGUGAAGCGCCAAGCAGCAGGUGGUGAGCCUGGCAGUGCAGAGAAUGACGAAGGGAAAUUAGAUGCUUGCUACAGCUCCAUUCUCUGUCUUGGCCCCUUUUCCUUCUGGUAAGAUGCAACCAGGCAGACAUGGUAAAGGUUGGUCCCUGAACUCCUGAGAGGUAGAAUCCACCUUGAGAAGUAAAAAGGUUAUGGUACAUUCGUCUAGAAGGUCUCAGUCACUUGUCCCCAGGCUGUUGAUCAAGGCCAAGAUGCCAUAGAAGGACCCAGUUUGGGGAAACCCUUAGGUGAAAGUUUCUUUCUCUGGGAAUAGAGAUCCCUUUGUCCUGGCUGUCCCCUCUGCAGAAGUACAGCCACCACGCCCUGAGCCAUGUCCUCUCGAUUCCUCACUACAGCUCGAGGUAUGAAGAGUGCAAACUCUUUCGAUUCCUGUUAAGUAAUUUGGGGGGUUAAGGCGUGAGGCCCCCUGAACUGUUUUCAUAGAAUAGCACCAUUUCUCCUGUUUCCGUGAGAAAACAUACCUCAGUGCCUCACUCCAGCACACACCUCAUUUUCCGCUGUGCUGCCCCAAAUCUGUGAAGAAGCAGGUCCCUUCAUCCCUGAGGAGCAGACACGUGAGGGCACCUGUUCUCACAGGACAGAGGGUGUCUGGUGGCUAACAGGGUGAGACAAGUGACCCCCCCCAAAUGUGAUGGACUAUAUAUAAAAUGCACACACGCUUUGGGGGCUAAGAAUGUAGCUCCCUUGGUACAGUGCUUGCCUAAAGAACAUGAAGUCCAAAUUUUAACCCCAACAUCACACAAAUGGGUCAUUGUGCAUACCUGUAAUCUUAACACCUGUAGGUGGAGGCAGGGAAAUUAUUAAGUUCAGGUUUAUCCUUUGUGACAUAGCAAAGGCAAGGCCCACCUGGGCUACCUGAGCCUGGCCUCAAGCACAAGUCAAUAAGGUGGAAGGGGGAGAGAAGACUUUACAUGUCCUCUGACUUUACAUGUGUGCCAGGGCACAUGCUCCCCACCACCUCAUACCGUGUACACACAGACUUAGAAUGAGGAAAAGGUGAUGUCUGAAUGUGUCUUAUUUCCAUGACUAUACUAAUCCACCACACCUGUCCACCCCACACAUGUCGUCUGUCCUUGACUCCUAUGCAGCAGUCAUCUGUGCUGGGAGAGAACAGCUUUUCUUGGCACUGUAUUUAUUUGUCCCCUUGAUCGCCCCUCUUAACUGUUGAUACCGGUGAAGGUAUCUUCUGGGGUGAGGCCAUCUCAGGCUGGCUGCUAGUCAGAGCUGAGGACUUUCGAAACCUUACCUGAGCCAUGUUAGGAUUAUAGGUUUUCAGGGGGUGGGGAUCCAGCCUCCACCCAGCACUAGGACUGUUGGCCAGAGGAAGAACAGUUACUGGAUUAUUCUAAAGCACUCUCUCAGUACAUGCUGCUCUCCUCUCUUCUCUGGUCCAGAGAGUCAGGUCUGCCCUUGGCCACCAAGAUAGGUUUACAGAGAUGCAAGUUAAAAGGACCUGUGUGCUCAUGAGGUGUUCUCUUUGGAUACCUCCAGGGCGCUCAGCCUACCACUUGGGAUUUACCUUGGCUGUUCUUUAACAAGCCAAGAAGCACCAGUGACCAUCCGCUACCGGCAGACUUCAGCCUUUGAGAAGCAUGCCCUGCUGGUUCUGGACUUCUGCCCUCCAACGGGUCUGAGGUACUCAGGCAGAAAUUACACUGCUUUUGGUACCUGGACACAGAAACUCUAGGAAACAAACAAUCUAACUUUGAUUAUUCUGAUUAUUUCGUUUGCAAUUAAUAUAUGGGAGAUUGUACUAGGGAUCACCUCUCUUCACCCAAGGGCAGCACACUGGUAGGUACCACUGUUCUGGGACCAGUAAUCUCUGACCAUUGAGAGCUGGUAACCUGAUGUUUUUGUUUGUGUACACUACACCCAUGGUUAGCUGAGGGUCUGUAUGAUUUUAUACACAUACUACAUGUAGUUGUGUACACUAUAAAUAGUCUAAUUGUAAAUACACUACACACACGCUUAGAGUUGGCACCUGUGCACACACAAGGGUCCAUGCAUUUGUGCCCAUAGUGCUUAUGCAGUUAGAAAGGGUCCAGUAUAGUGUGUGCACACUAUACACAAAAAAGUCCAUGGGACUGCCUACACAUCACACACAGAAAAGGGCCAUGUGACCAUGCACAUGCUGCACACAGAAAAGGGCCAUGUGACUGUGCACAUAUUACAAGGCAGUUAGAAAAGGUCUAUUUGAUUGUGCACAUGUACACAGAUGAUUAGAAAGGGUUCCUGGGACUGCACACAGAAAAGGUCCGUGGGACUGUACACUCACCACACCACAGAAAGGGGGACAUGUGACUUGCAUUACACAUGCAUUCAUAAAAGGUCCAAGCAAUUGUGCACACAGUCCACAUUAGAAAAGAUUCAUGCAAUUGUGUUAUGCAUAGGGUUAGAAAGGGUCCACGCGAGUUGCCACUUGCCCGGCCCUUGCUAUGGGCGCGCCCACCCAGCAGCCAGUCCCACAGACCCGAAGAGGCCCCUCGCACACCCACCAAGCCGGCAGCACGGGAGGCCCGCGCCACCCACUGUCCCGAGCCCAGCGUAGCCCGCGGGUGGCCGCCACCCAGGCCAGUGUCCGCGCCCAGGCGCGCGCUCCCCGGGGCGGCCGCGGCGCCUUUAACCCGGGAGGCGGGCGGAGGCGGCGGGCGGGCGCUCAGAGGAGGGCUCUUUCUUUCUUCUUUUUUUGAAUGAACAUGACGUACUACAGGAAACCAGGCGCUCCAGCGGAGAAUGAAGUAAGAGGCCGGGCCCCCAGCCCCGCGCCCGCCCCCUUCCUCCCCGGACCGCCCUCCCGCCCUGCGUCCGAGUCCCCGCCGAGCCGCCGCGGCCGCCACCGAGGUGCCCGGGCCCUCCCCGGCCGCAGCAGUCACCGCCGAGCCGGGUUCGCCGAGUGAGCGCGAGGACGCAACCGCCAGCGCCUCACGGAGCAGAGGAGGAGAAAGGGUGCGCAACCCGGAGGCGGGGUGCGCCGGUGGGGUGCAGCGGAAGAGGGGGCCGGGGGGGGGACUUCGUAGCAGUCAUCCUUUUUAGGAAAAAGAGGGGGGGCAAACCCUCCCCCACCACCUUCUUCUCCCGCAGCGCACCACACACAGCGCGCGGGCUGCUCACUCGGCAACGGCGGCCCCGGCGCGUCUCUGCUUGUAUUUAUCAAGCUGCUCCCACCCCCCACCCCAUUUUUCGGAAAACGUAUUGGCCUUUCGGAGUUUAAUCAGAAGAGGAUUCUCGUCCCCGUUUCCCCCGCUCUUCCAUCGUCCCCCUCGCGUGUCUCUGUCGUGGAGGGCUGAAGCAAUCCGGUGGCUACCGAUCCAUGCCUGCGCUCGAGCGUGUGUGUGCGAGUGUAAAUUGCCGAGGAGAGGGGGAAAUCACAGGACUUCUGCAAAUGCUGGACUGAAAUUUGUAAUUCAUCUGCUGCCGCUGCUGCUUUUUUGGCAACGCUGUCGUGCUCUUGAAAUCUCCGGUUGGAAUUCCUACGGGUUAACAUUUUCAGUGAAGCCUAAGUGUGGGGAUGCAAUCUGGAAACCCUCUUGAUUUUUACUCCACCUAGCCCCCCACCUCCAACUACUGAUUCAUUGCAAGUUUCAAAGAAGCUUAUACAAGGAGACUUUUGAAGAUCAGUGGUGUCGUUGCCUUAUGUAUUUGUUUGGGUUUGACCAAAAAAAAAAAAAAGAAA